AUGGAAAUCAAGUUAACACGAAAGAAAUUCAUAUAUCGCAAGUACCGCACAGAAUGUGACAAGGCGUAUCCAGCGACGUUUGAACUGGGCGAGGAGGACAAGAUGACAAGUCUGCGGCCGAUUGUUGUACCAGGCUUAACCAUCCCAGUUCCGCUUUACCACGCCGGCUUUCCCGUUUCCCGACAGUACAUUUUCAAACGCCAGUUGCGUGAGGACGACAAGAUUGAGGACUUCCAGGGGAUUGUUAAUCAAGCGACGGAUAGGUGGCUAGCCCAGGGGAAACCGCGACCAUUUUACUCCGCCCGCCUGUGCUUCCUGCCCACAUGUGACUACUUGAUUACGUUUGCCUCCUCCCUAUCUGCACCUAGCGACUUGGAGAUGUUUGUUAAACAUCCACAUGAGAUCCUAGAUCGCUACUUGGGGCUUAUGAAAUUCACCGAGGAAGAGAAGGAGUUUAUUAAGACGAGGGGGCUGUUCAAGUGGUAUAGGGACCUUUGCACGGGGGAGGAAGAGUCUCCGCUGCCUGAAGACGCUUGUCUGCGCACUGGAUCACUCAAUCCUGACGACCGGGACGAGUAUGACUAG